GUGCCUGUUUGCUUGGUGCUGCUCUCCUGAUAAAUCACAACAAAGCUUCCAGAGGGAGAGGAAGGAUGGACAGCACGGCUGCCCCUGUCACUAAAUCUGCAGCUGCCAAGUUAGUUAAGAGAAAUUUCCUUGAGGCUCUAAAGUCAAAUGACUUCGGAAAAUUGAAGGCCAUUUUAAUCCAAAGGCAAAUAGAUGUGGACACAGUUUUUGAAGUUGAAGAUGAGAAUAUGGUUUUGGCAUCUUAUAAACAAGGUUAUUGGUUGCCUAGUUACAAAUUAAAGUCUUCCUGGGCCACAGGCCUGCAUCUUUCUGUCUUGUUUGGUCAUGUGGAAUGUCUUCUGGUGCUGCUGGACCAUGAUGCUACGAUCAACUGUAGACCCAACGGGAAAACCCCUCUUCAUGUGGCUUGUGAAGUGGCCAACUUGGAUUGUGUUAAGAUCCUCUGUGACCGUGGAGCAAAGCUCAACUGCUACUCCUUAAGUGGACACACAGCUUUACACUUCUGUACAACUCCAAGUUCCAUUCUCUGUGCCAAGCAACUGGUUUGGAGAGGGGCGAACGUGAACAUGAAGACCAACAACCAGGAUGAGGAGACACCCUUACACACGGCUGCUCACUUUGGCCUCCCGGAGCUGGUGGCCUUCUACGUGGAGCACGGGGCCAUAGUGGACAGCGUGAACGCCCACAUGGAGACUCCACUAGCCAUCGCUACCUACUGGGCCCUCCGCUUUAAAGAGCAGGAGUACAGCAGGGACCACCACCUCAUCUGCCGCAUGCUACUGGACUACAAGGCCGAGGUCAAUGCCAGGGAUGACGACUUUAAAUCUCCACUGCAUAAGGCGGCUUGGAACUGCGACCACGUGCUCAUGCACAUGAUGCUGGAGGCUGGCGCCGAAGCCAACCUCAUGGAUAUCAAUGGCUGUGCUGCCAUCCAGUACGUGCUGAAGGUCACCUCCGUGCGACCUGCCGCCCAGCCCGAGAUCUGCUACCAGCUGCUGUUGAACCAUGGGGCUGCUCGAAUAUACCCUCCACAAUUCCAUAAGGUGAUACAGGCUUGCCAUUCUUAUCCCAAAGCAAUUGAAGUUGUCGUCAAUGCCUAUGAACACAUCAGGUGGAACGUAAAGUGGAAAAGAGCUAUCCCUGAUGAUGACUUGGAGAGAUACUGGGAUUUUUACCACUCUCUCUUCACUGUAUGCAGUAACUCUCCAAGGAGUCUCAUGCAUUUAUCGAGAUGUGCCAUUCGAAGAACAUUGCACAGCAGAUGUCACAGAGCUGUUGGAGUGAGCCCUGCAGAGGCCAUGCUGGUAUAUCCCUGGGGAGUCAACUGCUGACGGGACCAUUGCCUUCUGCAACUUUGCUUUGGAUGUAUGAAGCUCUCUUGAUUCGGCAAAAGUGUGGCAUGUCAUUUUUCCCACCUGUGGCAGGCAGUUCUAACCAAUCAAGAUAUUCUCUCCUGCUGAACCUCCUUCAGAAUCCUCAGCUUCAGAAUCCUCCUCAACAUGGUGUCUAGACUGUCACUGCCAAGUGGUUGGAAUUGAUAAGGCAAGCUCCCACAGGAUGAGUAAUCAUGCUGAGCCAGAAGCUCCAACCCUGGAAAACAGGUGCAAGCAUCCAAAGGAGGACUUUGUGCCCAUAAUAGGAGAGUUCCCUCUGGAUAUAUGCCCAGGAGUGGGAUUGCUGGAUCAUAAGGUGCCCUCCUGCCUGGUGUCAUUCAAGCCAACAGAACAAGACCCAGUUUGGCUCAGGAGCAAAGGAAAGCUUCAUUCUUUGAUCAAGGAGUGCGAACGUGUGCUGUAGAGUCCCCUGCUCUUGCAGCAGGCCAUGGGCGGGCCUGCCCUGUGUGGAUCUCACCAGCCGGGAGGGGGCCGAGUUCCCGCAGGCAGUGUCAGGAGCAGCGUCCCUGAACAUGGCCCACUGCUGCCAUCUUGAAUUACCUGUGUGAGUGGCGCUUUUUCACAUGGCCUGGAGCUGAGGUGUCGGCAUUCCUCACAAGGAAAUUUGAUCUGAAGCACCAGGCAACUGGUGAAUUCGGACUUCGUCACUGGAGCUGCUGCAGUUCCUGCCGUGGUGGAAGUGAUGAAGGCCAUGUCAAAGCCUAGCCUUUUCUGCCCAGGAUUUCCAGUGGAAGCUGAGAUAACCAGUGUCAAAUGAUGAGUCCUCAAGGUUUUAUAAUCGUUGGAAUGGCAUGAGCCAGUCAACCCCUGCUGGCCUGCUCUUAAUCAGGAAUCAGGGCAAGCAGUGCUUGGGUCGGGGACAGGUGAGGCCAUGUGGAUCUGAGGAGGCUUGUGAGGUAGGUCUGUUACAUAGAUGAAAACGGAUGGUGAAAAACUAAGCCUGUCUAGAAGGAAUAGGACCCAGACAAAUGUGUGAAUUAGUGUGUUAUUUGGGUGACAUUUCACGGAGGACCAUAAGGUGAUUUGAGCGAGUUUGAAACUUUUUCCUAUUCUGUUGUCCUUAUUGUGGCUGAUACUAUGGUUUUACUAUUCAAUCAUCUUUUCAAACUCUUUCCUAAAUUGUAGCGGCUGGAGAGCUAAAAGUAAGACUUUUCAGACUCCAGUGCAUCUAGAGUUCUAGAUGUGUUUCAGGUUGUGCCAAAGAGAUGUACUUGUGACGAACUUAAAUCCAGAAGAGAGGAAAGUGGGAGAGAGGCACAAGAUGUAAUUGUAGCCCGGUCUGGGUGCGUAGUCAGCAGCCAUGAUAAGACUUCGUAAGGCUUCCAGGCAAGCCCAGUUGACUGGUGUGGUUUUGGAAAUUUCUCCUGGAUGCUCAACCAAAAGACUGUUUAUUUCUUAAUUAAUUUGUAAGCCUUUUAAUGCUCCAUUAAAAAAAAACCCUUUUGCUUAAACCAGCUAGAGGAGACUCUAGUCUGAAGAAAUGACCAUUGAUAUACUUACAAUAUUUCUUAAAGGUUUUCCAGAGAAGUCUUAAGGGAGAAAGAGAGAAAAGAUAGAUAUAGAGAGAGGCAGAGAGAGAGAGACAUUAGGGCCAGGGUGGGUAGAGGGGAGAUCUUCCUCUUCUUACAGGGCCAUUAGUUCCCAUCAUGAAGGCCCCACCCUCAUGACCUAAUCUAACCCUAAUUUCCUCCAAAAAGUCUCAUCUCCAAACAUCAUCACAUCGAUGGUUAGAACAUCACCACAUGUAUCUGGGGGGGACACAAAUAUUCAGUCAUAGCACAGACAGAAAACCAGGGAGAUUAAUUAAUUCUGGCUUUUAGAUGUUAUGUAUUUCAGGGUCCAUAGUUGUUAAAUGUGAUUAUUGCUUUCAGCACAUGUUAAUGUAGAUACUACCCAUGAAGAAACACAGAACCUAGAAUGUACCUAAACACAUGUGACUUCUCAGUCAUCAUCAAACAUUAAGAGAACUUUAACAAAAUGUGUUCCAUGUUAGGGAAUUUUGUUGCUCAAAGAUAAGGAAAGAUGCAGUGUUUGUACCAUUGUUAUGAAAGGAAGGCUUCCUGUCUCCCCUUCACACUCUUGGGGGGUAAAUGUUAGGUCACUGCCUCAGCCUGCAUGCUCUGCAUGACCUUUGAUGCCUUUCUAAUAGACCUUGAUCCAUUAUUGUGUCUUACUGUGAUCUCCUCUCCCCAACCUUGGUCCUGCCUAGCAGGUGACUAUAAGGUCAUUUUCAAGCAGCUGCACACAAAUGACUUGUCCCUAAUUUCAUACUUUAUCUGGAAGGUGUGCUAAAGGUAGUAGACCCAGAAGCAUUAAGUAAUUGGUUUACAUCUAGAGGGCUUCUGGCUAAAAUCUUAAAGCCAGACCUAUCAAAGUGCUCACAGAACAAAGGGGCUUUCUAAGUCCAUUUGAAGGAUUCUCUAUUCUCAGAAGGCAUUUGGGGUUAUAAUAAAAAUGUCUUUUUCCCAAUAAUAUUAAGAGGAAAAAUCACUUGUGACUAGUACUGGAUUGAGACUGAAGUACAUGAAAGAAGUAAAUGUGAUGUUUGUAAUAAUUAAUGGUUCAAAAUGGACUUUAUUAACAUUCUGGGGAAUGCUUUUCUCACAAAAGCGUUCUCACCAAAAGCAAGAAUGAUUACUUGCAAAAAUCUCAACCAAAAGUAAACUUCAUACUGAUCAUGCUGAAAUAAUUUAAAAGAUAUGAAUUGUUUUCUAGAUCCUUGCUAUUGAAAAUAUGGCCCCUGGACCAGGAGCAUUAGCAUCAUCUGGGAAAUUGUCAUAAAUUUGGUCUCAGGCCCUACCCAGACCUACUGAAUUAGCCUCUACAUUUUAACAAUGUUUCCAUGUGGUUUGUAAGCACAUUAGAAUUUUUAAAUCCCCAUUCUUGAUAUUGUAAAAUUGUUCAUAAGCCCACUUGUUGAAAUGAUUCCAUUCAGCAUUUAAAUAUGUUAUGGCAAAUGUCUAUUAAGGGUCAGCAAAUAAUUAUUUGUGUCCCUAUCAAUGCUAUUGUUAUGUGCAUUAUUAAUUUAGUUGAUUUUUGUUGUUAUAAGGAAUUCUGCUUUUAUCCAAUGGGAUUUCUUGAGCUUCUGAAAGUGAGAAAUAGUCCCUUUUUUUUCUCUUAUCUGUUCAUGUAGCUAAUUGUAAUCAUCAUUUUUUUGUUGUUGUUGUUCCUUCAACCUCCAACGAUGUGUUAUCAUUUAAGGAUUCUCAAAAGUCUUCUGACAUACCCUUCAGGUUGUUUUGGCUAAUCCAAUGGCAUUUUCUCCAUUCUCCCUUGCUUACAGAACUAUAGUUUAGUUCAGUGUCAUGAUGUUUUUAGCCCAAGUCUAAGCAAAUCAUGAUGAUCUUAUGUCCCUUUAUCACAUACUGAAUUUCCCAUCCUCGUUUGUAACUAAGGGUGACUGAGAUCUGACCGACAAGGGAUAAGCUGGAGGCUUAUGAGAAAGCCUUUAUUCCCUAAUAAAAACAACAGAGAUGAAAAGGUAGCCUACCAGUUCCUGUGAUUCCUUCUUUUAACCUAACAGACAGGAUGUCUGGUGCUGUGAGAGUCAUCCUGAAACCACGGAGUGAGGAAAAUAAGAACAGAAAGUCAACUUGCCAGGAAUGGUAGAGAGAGUAGAACAAUGACAAGAUUGGAUCAGCACUCAUGUCCUGGACUCUAUUUCUAGGGUGUGGGUUAUGGAAAAGCAAAACAAAGCAAAAACCACCCCUGCCUCCAAACCCUAUCUAUUUAAGAUUUUGUUAGUCGGCUUUGUUAUUUGCCAUUGAAAGGAUACCUAACUGGUACAAAUAAGGACUUACUAUUGUCAGGGAAUUACUGUGGAAGUGCAGACGGUUUUGGAAUAUAUGGCUUGUGGCACUAUGUAGUCAGGCAGCACAGAGGAUUAGAAGACCUGGAUUCUGUAUUGGCCUCUACACCUCUUAGCUGUGAGAAAUUGCAGCCUUGCUUUACAGAAACUUUGGCUCCUCUAUUUAUAAGGGAAAUGUCAACUCCCAGUGCUUUCUUUUCUGACAAAAAAGACAAAAAAACACAAAAAACAAAAAACAAAAAAAUGAAAAAGGGAAAAUGGAUUAAGUUCUGGAGAUUUUUCUUUAAGUAAGUACAUAAGGUUUUAUAAAACUUUCCAGAGAGUCAGAUGUUUUCCUUGUUAUGGGUUGUUUCCGAUAAAUUAGGUUUAAUUACAGCAUCUUCCCAGUAGCAUAUUUGGAAUGAAUAUAGUGAUUUUCUUUCUCUUUAGGGGAUGAAAGAGAAAACGAAAGCUUUGAAAAGAUUUUCUUUUAAAGCAGCAGUCUUCUUUUCCAAGGUAAACAAAAUCUUACGGUGAAUCAAGACCAAUUUCCUCACAUCAUAUUUUAACUAAAGGAUAAAAAAAAAUCACAUCUAGGUCUGUGAGGAAAAUAGGAACAUUAUAAGAGAAGUAUCAAAUAGGCAUUCCAAGUAUUUUAUGUUUGCUAGAUUUUAGGUAAAAUUUGCUGCCGACUUUUCAAAUUGUAUAUAUAUUUACAUAUAUAUGAGUAUUUCCAUAUGUAUCCAUCUGUAUCUGUGUUACACUAAUUAUAAGUUGUAUUUAUGUCUCUAACUCUAAUCCUAAUUUUCUUCCCUUGCAUAUCUGUAUCUCCUCCCUCCAGCAGUGAGAAAUCUGGCUCCCACUGUCUGUCAUCCAUUUACUCAGUUGUUUAAUUCCGUAAUAUGUGCACAGUGGUUUCAGAGUGGAAACCUUUAUCAACUAGAGUGUAGUUCUUACGUACUGUUUCUUUUGCCAUUAGUCUUACAGACGCUCUUUAUUUCCAAAGUCACUUAGGUCAGGCCUUUUCCCUGACCCUCUUCAGUGAGAUGGUUUCAAUACAUUAGUAAUACAAUUAAUUCCUCUGUCAUAGUCUGCAUUCCAUCCUGGGAUUCCCCUGACCUUCUAAAUUUUUAAAAUUUGCAUACUUAAGAUUCACACUUUGUGCUGUAAAGUUCUGUGGUCUUUGAGAAAUGCAUCGUGUCACAGGUCUGCCAUUACAGUAUCAUACAAAGUAGUUUCACUGCCCUAAGAUAUCCUGUGCCUCACUUACUCAACUCUCCCUGCCCUCAACCCCCAAAAUCCCUGGCCAUCGCUGAUCUGUUUAACGUUUCUAAAGUUUUACCUUUUCCAGAUGUCAUAUAAAUAGAAUAAAAUAGUAUGCUGACUUUACAAACUGACUUAUUUCUCUUAGUGAUACGCAUUUGAGUCAUCCAUGUCUUUUCAUUCAUGUCUUAAGAGCUCAUUUCUUUUUAUUGCUGAGUAGUAUUUCAUCUUAUGAAUGCAUCACAGUUUAUCUGUUCAUCUACUGAAGAACAUUUUGGCUGCUUCCAGUUUUUGGCAAUCAUCAAUAAAGCUGCUGUAAACAUUCACAAGCAGGUUUGUGUGUAAACAUAGAUUCUAAAUCAAUUGAUUUAAUACCUAGAAGCAUGAUUGCCGCACCAGCUGGACCAUAUGGAAAGAUUAAGUUUAUCUUUGUAAGAAAUUGCCAUCUGUCUUCCAAAGUGGCUGUACCAUGAGAGUUCCUGUUGCUCCACAUCGUGGCCAGCAUGUAGUAUUGUCAGUGUUCUGGAUUUUAGCCAUUCUAAUGGGUAAAUAGUGGUAUCUUGUUGUUUUAAACUACAUUUCCCUAAUGACAAAUCAUGUCAAGCACUUUUUCAUACACUUGUUUACUAUUUGUGUAUCUUCCUUGGUGAAGUGUCUAUUCAGAUCUUUUGCCCAUUUUGAAUGUGUUUGUUUCCUAAUUUUUGAGUUUUAAGGGUAGUUUGAAUACAAGUCCUUUAACAAAUGUGUGUUUUGCAAACAUAUUCACCCAGUCUGUGGCUUGUCUUUUCAUUCUUUUAUCAAUGUCUUGCAUAGAGCUGAAGUUUUAAUUCUAACAAAGUCCCACUUUUCAAUUUUUUUCCUUCACGGAUUAUACUUUUGGUAUAUUUAAAAACUCAUCAUCAAAUCGAGGCCACAUAGAUUUUCUUCUGUUUUCCUUUAGAUGGUUUAUAGUUUUGUGUUUUACGUUUAGUUCUAUGAUCUACUUUGAAUUAAUUUUUGUGUAAGAUGUAAAAUCUGUCUUAGUUAUUUUUUCUCUUUUUUGCAUAUCAAUGUCUAAUUAUUCCAGCAUGACUUGUUGAAAGAACUAUUCUUUCUCCAUGAAAUUGCUUUUGCACAUUUGUCAAAAAUCAGUUAACUGUAUUUGUUUGGUACUGUUUUGGGGGGCUCUCUCUUCUGAUCCUUUGAUACAUAUGUCUUUGCUUUUACCAAUACUACACUAUCUUAUUUACUGUAGAUUUAGUCUUCAGAGUUUUUAAAUCAAGUAGUAUAAGUCCUUCAACUUUGUUCUCUUUUAAUCAAUUAAUGAUAGCACAAUCUUUCUUUAGCUUAUUGGUACGGGGGACUACAUCGAUUGAUUUUCAGUUGUUACACCAGCUUCACAUAGCUGGAGUGUAUCUCACUUGGCUAUGGUAUAUAUAUAGUUCUUUUUAUACAUGACUUAAUCCAAUUUGGUAAUAUUUUAUUGGUGAUCUUUGCAUUUAUAUUCAUGAGAGUUAUUAACCUGUUUUCUUUUUUCACAAUGACUUGAUCUGGUUUUGGUUUUUGGGAAAUGAAUUAGAAAGUAUUCCCUCGUCUAUCUGCUGGAAGAGGUUUUUUGACAACAGAUAUUAUUUCCUCCUUAAACGUUUGGUGAAAUGCACUAGUAGAGUCAUCUGCACUUGGUGCCUUUUUUUUUGGAAGGUUAUUAAUUAGCAAUUCAAUUUCUUUAAUGGAUAUAGGGAUGGUUAUCUAGUCUUCCUUGUCUGAGUUUGGUAAUUUGUGUCUUUCAAGGAAUUACUCAAUUUCAUCUAAGUUAAUCAAAUUUGAGGGCAUAUGUUGACCCCUUCUUGUUUUUUAUUUAAGAAACAUUUGGACUUAUGCGACACUAUACCAGAGUAGGGGGAAGAUGGAAAAAUUGAAGUUUUUGAGGUAGAAAUAGCCAAAUCCUUGACCAGAUACAAUAGAGGUGUCAAUUCCUUGAGUGACCCAGGUGUUGGUACACAGGAAAUUGACAUGAGAUCACUAGCAAAGAUCUCCAGGUUCAAGUUUUGCACAGCAGGCACAGAUCUCUUCUGUCCCCUCUCUCUCCUUUACAGUCAUCAGUCAGGUGUGGAAAGGAGAUAAAAUAGCUCUUAUCUUGUAAUCUAAAGGCCAAAGGACCAUAGUUGACUAUUUUGGACUGUGAAAACUCCUAAAUCAUUGUGCAACCCUGAAGGGAGAGGAACUCAUAAUGUUUUGGGUUAGAGGUUUGACAUGGUAUAGAGACUCAGAGAAAGUUAAAUUUGACCUGGAAAAAUAGAAGAAUGUUAUACUUCUUGAAUUCUUUAUGCUGUUAAGUGUGUAUAUACUAUACAUUGAUCAAGGUAUAAUUCUAUUUUUAUUUGUGUUAUUUUAAACUUUAUCUGUCUUCACCCAAUAGACUCUAAGACCUAUAGACACCAUGCCUGUUUUGAUUACUAUUCUAUCUCCAGAACUUAGUUUUGUGUCUGGCACAAGACAGACAUUUAACGAAUGUCAAUUAAAUUUAUUUAUAAAUAA